AUGCACGAACGUGACGUCCUCAUCGUUGGUGCUGGCCCUGUUGGCCUAAGUCUCUCCCUUCUUCUGGCCUCAUAUGGCUACCGAGUUACAGUCUUGGAGCGCCAUGCUGCUGUCUAUCCUCUUCCUCGAGCUGUGUGCCUGAGUCACGACAACCUGAGAAUAUACGACGGGCUUGGUCUCCACGCCGCAUUAUUUGAAAAUGAAGCCGUAACAGAUAUUCGUGGAACGGUUUCUGAUUACGCUGAGAUAGUCGGUGUCGCAGGGCAGAUUCUCGGUCGUGUUCCUUACAACGGACCAUCUACGUCUGGCACGAGCUCGGUAUUUAGAAUCCACCAGCCUGCCUUUGAAGAAGUCUUGGAAACCGCCUGUGUAGAGAGAGGGGUAGAAGUGAUUCGCUCGACGGAGGUCGAGAAUGUUGUCGAUAUGGGCACCCACGUCGAGCUAUACGCGAAGACUCGUGGGGGCGAGGUUCAGAAGUGGUCAGGAUUCUUCGUUGCUGGAUGCGAUGGGGCAAAUAGUGUCGUUCGUCGAUGCAUGAAAACCCCCUUUACUGACUACCCUGGCCCAAAGACUCGCUGGUUGGUGGUUGACGUCAAACCGAAAUGCAAAGGGGCAGCGGAAAAAUGGAAGGAUUUCCAUACCGCAAGGUCCUAUAUGGAUCCUCAACGGCCACGCGCUUCCAUCUAUGGUACUAAACACCGUAGAAGAUGGGAAUUUAUGUUGAUGACCGAGGAAGAAAACAAGAAAGCUACAGACCCGGAUUUUAUAUGGUCCUUACUCGCAGAGUUCGAUUGCACCCCGGAGACUGCUGAAAUUGACAAGACAUCCGCCUACGUCUUCAAAGGAGGAUGGUGUGAGACAUUCAAUCAAGGUCGUAUUGUGUUGGCCGGAGACGCCGCUCACAUAACCCCACCGUUCCUGGGACAGGGACUGAAUUCAGGAAUCCGCGAUGCUAAUUCCCUUGCCUGGAGACUUGAUCUUGCCUUCAGAUAUCCCCAGGGCGGAUGGCGCAAAACACUGCACGACUGGAGUGUGGAGCGACUGGGCGGAGUCAAACCAUUGAUCCAGACCUCUGUGGGUAUAGAAAGUCAUUCCACAACUACCGAUCUGGAGAAGGCUGUCCUUCGAGAUCAAGCCUUCAUUGAAAACGCGAGUGCGCCGCCCAUAAUCCCAGAGCAGAUAGGGUCACCGGGAACAUACAUUCCUCAUUCUGAAACCGAUGCUGUAUCCUGUAAGGCAAAUGGAACCUUGUUCGUUGACGGAAUGGUGAGGAUGAACGAAAAGCAAGGCAGACUAUGCGACCACCUUGGUACCCAGGGCUGGUUGCUUCUUACCUCGUCCAAGGGAAAUGGUAGCGGCAGUGUACCUAUGUCUGCAGAGACGGUGACAACUUUUUCAACGGUUUUCCGGGGAAAAAUGCUCACCAUUGGACAAGGCAAUGUACAAGACAUAAGGGGCAUCUUCUCUCGAUGGUUUGAGGAGCACGAUGUCAUGGGGGUCUUGUUGCGGCCUGAUCAUUAUGUAUUCGGCGUCGCUAGAACAUCUGCUGAUUUCGAGAGCCUCGUUUUGAGAGCUGCACAACGCGUGGAGCCAGGAUAUCAGCUUCACUAG